AGCUGGAGCUGCCGGCCGCCCGGAGGAGCCCAGCCCGGGGAGCCUCCGCAGCGCGGGCGGGCCGGGCCGGGGCCGGGGCCGGGGCCGCAGCCUCCCAGGUUGGAGGCUGUCAUUGCCCAGCUCAGAGUCCUUCCGUGGGCUCCUACUGGAUUCAGCAGGCGUUUAUUAAGUGUCUUCUAUGGGCCGAUCAUCCUGCUAGGUGCUGGGGAUGCAAAGACAAACUCCAAACAGUAGCCACCUUUAAAGAGCUCAUGUUCUGAUGAGGGGGAUUCAUCACAUAGACACAAAUUGAAAUGGUAUAGUAUGGUAUUAGUUACUGAAGAAACUGCAAAAGAUGCCUGAGAAGAGGGGGAGAUGGGGCUGUGUGAUGGCAAGAUUAGGGGAGAAAAGUGGAAACCAAAACUCUUCUUGAUGGAAUGGAGAAUCUGAGGGCAUGGAAGGACACAUCUUCGUUUGAGGGGUCAGUGCUCUCUGGGCAGACACGAGGAAGGUCAAGAGUCAGUCAUCCUUGGAAGUCACGAGUAAGUUUGCCCCAACUAGCUGCCAGGAGCAGGCAGAGGAAUCUUAUAUGCACAGCUCCAGGGAAAUUAGAUGACCUAGAUGAUGAGGACAUUGAGGCUCAGAGACAAUAAGUGACUUGCCCAGGGUCACACAGCAAGCCAGUGGUAGGAGUGGAAACAGAAAUCCACGUCUCCCAACCCUCAGGUCACUCCUGUUGCUGCUACAUUGCCAGACCAGACUGAUGAGGGUCCCAGGCUGCAAGAAGACCCUGUGGCUAGAAGGAGAGAGUUGACUAUUUCUCAUUCCCUCGAGCUACACUAAAGAGAAGCCUGAACAUGGCGGAAUAUUCAGGGUACAAGGAGGUCACCUCCAGUCGCCACCUGCGGUUCAAGCUGCAGAGUCUUGGCCGCCGCCUCGAUGAGUUGGAGGAGGCCACCAAAAGUCUCCAGAAGGCCGAGGACGAGCUCCUGGAUCUGCAGGACAAGGUGAUCCAGGCCGAGGGCAGUAACUCGAGCAUGCUGGCCGAGGUGGAGGCGCUGCGGAAACGGGUGUUGAAGAUUGAGGGGAAGGACGAGGAGAUCAAGAGAGCGGAAGACUUGUGUCAGCUGAUGAAAGAGAAGCUGGAGGAGGAGGAGAGCCUGACCCGGGAGCUGAAGGCGGAGAUCGAGCGGCUCCAGAAACGGAUGGCGGAGCUGGAGAAGCUGGAGGAAGCGUUCGGCCGGAGCAAGAACGACUGCACCCAGCUUUGCCUGAGUCUGAACGAGGAGCGGAAUCUGACCAAGAAGAUCUCCUCCGAGCUGGAGACCCUCAGGGUCAAGGUGAAAGAACUGGAAACUUCAGAGGACAGGCUGGACAAAACUGAGCAGAGUCUAGUGUCCGAGCUGGAGAAGCUCAAGUCGCUAACUCUGAGUUUUGUGAGCGAGAGGAAAUAUUUAAAUGACAGGGACAGAGAAAAUGAGAAAUUAAUCAAAGAACUGACCCAGAAACUGGAGCAGAACAACAAGGUCAACCUUGUGGACCAUCCCAGGAACGCCUCCACCCUCCUGGACAGAAACGACCUACGCAUUGAAGACGGCAUCUCGUCUACACUGCCCUCCAAAGAGGCGAGGAGGAAGGGCAUGCUGGACUAUCGCAAGCAGGGGGAGAAUGAGACUCGGAACAAGUCGGAGAAUGAAAAGAAUCGGGAUCAGGAAGAUAACAAAGUGAAAGACCUCAACCAAGAAAUCGAGAAACUCAAAACCCAAAUCAAACAUUAUGAAUCUCUGGAGGAGGAGCUGAAGAAAACGCGGGCUCAGAACAAUGACCUGAAGGACAGUUACCUGAGCGAGCAGAAUAAGAACAAGGUGUUGACCAGUCAGCUGGAAGAGGUCAAGCUGCAGCUGAAGAAUCAGAAGGACCUGGAGAAUGGGGAGGUGGAGAGCGAAGAGUCGUUCCUGGUUGGCAAGGGCCGGCAGCACGAGAGACCCAAGUACCGAGGGCUCGUCAACGAGUCCCCUACGUCCAGGUACAAGUCGCGGGAACUCUCCCCUCAGCACAAAAGGGGGGAGAGACCUCGCUACAAGGAGCUCGUGCUCAGAAAUGACAAUGCCCCUCACAACAGCAGGUCAGGUAGCGGCUCCAGUGCUGUGAACCGGAGGGCCGCCAAGGCGUCUGGCGCUGUCCUGGGCAUGGACAAUGUCUCCCAAGAUGCCAAGAGACCCGAUGACAACUUUGCAACUGGCCCUCCUCUGAACGAAGGCAAGAGGGCCAGGGAACAGCCGCCAGUGCUGAGCCGCUAUCCCCCAGCUGCCCAGGAGCAUCGAGGCCUGAAGGGAGCCUCCAAGCCAGGACAUGAAAAUGGGCUAAAGGGGAAGGUGGAAAAGACAUCCCGCGUGUUUAAUGAUGCCAGCCAUGGCGAUAGAGCCACCAGGACAGAAACCACCUCGGCCUCGGCAGGGAACAGGGUGCUGAGGGUGAAUCGGGUGGCCAGUUUGGAUACCUGUUUAGAAGCCGUAUCAGCUAAGAAGAUCCUCAACCCCUCCGGUGGAAAUCAGGGGUCUUCAGGGCUGGCCGCAGAGCUGGGCACCUCUAAGGCUGCUGACCCUUUGGCCCCAUCUCGGAGAUCAUCCUCUGAAGGGCUGUCAAAAUGCAAAAGGCCAGCUAAUGGCCAGGAAGCUGAGAGCAGCCCUCCUAGUCUGAAGCCUCCAGUUUUAUCCAAGGCUUCUUAUGGUUCCAGAAGUCAGGAAGACAUCCUGCAGGGCUUUGCAGCCAUAAGCAAGGAAGAGCAUGACCAGCCUGUAUCUGUGGUGAUGGAGGACAGCAGUCAGCAUGAAGCCUUUAGGUGCAGGGUCAUCAAACCUGGUGGUAGAGAGAGACUGGACCUGGAAGACGACAUGGACAUGGAUUCUCUUGUCACCGCCAAGCUAGUCAACACAACCAUCCCCCCCGAGCCAGAGUCAAAAAGGCAGCCGCGGUCCCGAGCAGCCCUGAGGACGCCCCUGUUUGACAACGAUAGAGACACUGGGGCCGACACGGAACCCGGGAAACCUGUGAGAAGCACUGCUGCCGCAGAGUUUCAAGAGGCCAGUGGUUCCGGGGUAAAAAGCCGUAGGCCCUUCAGCCCCAGGGAGGCUUUGAGGUCCAAGGCGGUCAUUAAGCCUGUCAUUAUUGAUAAGGAUGUGAAAGAGGUCAUGGGGGGAGUCGGGGCAGAGGCCAUCUCAGAGAAACCAAAGCCCACCUCCAGAUCGGUGCCAAACAAAAUGACGAGCUGCAUCACCAUCUACCCCGUGGAGGUGAGCAGCCCCAGGGGGAGCACCAGUGAAGCCCCGAGAGAGAGACACACAUCUACCAGCAACAUCCAGGUGGUGCCCAGCGAGAUGUCCUCGGUCACCAACCACAUUAGCCUGCCUUUUGAGAUCUCCAUUAACAAGAACGAUAUCACGCGGCAGAUCGCAGACGCCGAUCCGGUCGGGGACCUGCCCCCGAGGAACAGGCCAGAAACAGUGGUCUCCAGGAGCAGUAUUACUAUCAAGCCAUCAGAGCCUGGGGAGAGGAGUAGCCAAGAGCCCCCCUCAGAGAGCCUCCGGUGGAAGAGCCACCGUCCCCCUUUGGAAAUGGAGCCAUCUGAUGCCAAACACGUCACAGUGCGGAGCGCCUGGAGGACCAGGCGAGACUUGAACUCUCUGGAAGACCCCCCGGCCCAAAGGGGCAAAAAUGUGGAUCCCCCUAAUGCCUAUACACAGAGAUCUUCCACGGAUUUCUCAGAACUGGAGCGGCCCAGGCCCUCUCCCUUCGAGCGGGGCAUGCGAAGGGGGGCAGGGAAUCCAGGGGAUGGCCCUGAGCCGUCUUCCCGGAGGACCCAAAGCAGCCUCACGGUGUCAGAGGUUCUCACGAGGCGCAGUCGGGUCGGUGACUCCGUCACCGCUGCUGCCUUGAAUCACCCAGCAGGCCUGGAGGAAGCUGAAGGCAGUAACCCCAACUCCUUUCGAUGGCAGCACAAUUGUGUGGAAAGGCCAGAGCUGCCUGCAAAGCGGCCUCCAGAGCUCCUUCGGGUUCGAGCUGAAGAACGGGUACGUCGGGCCAAGCACUCCUCUGAAGAGAACUGAUCUGACUGGGGUGGUUCCCGCUCUGCUGGGGUGAUUUCCAAGAUUUUAAUUCUCCACUCCCAGCAGAGGAUUCACUCCGUGGUCUGCCCCAAGGGGAUGCUCUCUGACCACAUACCCUUCAGCCACCAGCUGCAAAGCCAUCUCCCAUUCUUCUCUCCCUCUGAGCAUUCUUGACUUGGAGGUUUUCCAAGCCAAUGAACAGCAGUGUGUCUGGUUGGAGGCUACUCUGGGGGUCACUGAGCCCAUGCCCCAGGGUGGCAUCUUGGGUAUCCGGACUGAGUUGGCUGUUCCCCGAAGGGCCAUCCAUCAGUGACACGUCCUAGCCAGACCUCUCCAGACACCACUUAAGAGGACACAGAAGGGUCCACGCCCCUCCAUAUUCCCUUCACCAAGCACUGGAGGCUUGGCUGGCUCAAGAGUUUGCCUGCAGGAUUCCGUGGCUGCAAGCCUCACCUUGACUUCUCAGAGCAGGGUGUCAUCCCCACCCCACUCGGGGAGGGGGCGUGGAUCCUGAGACCGUGCUAGGCCUCACCUGGCACACUCCCUUUCCCCCCUCCCCUAGUCAGGAUGAACCUCCUUCCCAUUUGUUGUCCCGUGGAGCAAUAGAUUCAAGGAGAGGCAGACACUUGUGUGCUGCCCACCCCUGCCCCUGCCUUCUCCCCUGACCCCUUCCCCCUUGAGAACCGCACUUUACUGAGUCAAUGCAAUCCUUGAAGGUUGGCUGGAAAGGAGAUUUCUGUGGACUGUAGUUGCCUGUUGCCUCCAUCAGCAAAAUGAGAGGGGAAAAUCUAGGAGUUGGGUGUAGAGUGGGGGAAGGGAAAGGAUGAUUCAGAUUUCCGAAUGCAGCAAAUUUUCCCAAAUUCCACAUGCAGAAUUUUUUUUUAAUCAAAAACUUUAGUGAUCAGUCAAUUACUGGGCCAUUGCCCGAGUAGUUAGCUUUGUGCAGAUGCCAAACUUAGGCGUAGCCAGUCAUUGACUUCAUUGGGUUUAACUUUUGCUCCCUGCUCAGGAGCUCAAGGACGGUUGGGUUCACCACGUUGGAAAGGCGUUGGUUUGGGCUUGCCUGGCUCCUAACCCCCUUCCCCAGAAUGCUGAGCUGGAAGGGACCAGCUAACCCAAGUCCCUCACUUUACAGAGGUGGAAAAUGAGGGCCACGGGAGUUAGUUAAUAUGACUUAGCUGAGGUCACAUGGCUAGGUCAUUUCUCCUGACUCCCAGCUGACAAUGUUCUCUCUCUACAUCCCAUCUUAUCCUUGCCUUGCUGGGGGUUUGGGGUGGGGGUGGGGGGGGUCCCUUAAUCCUUUAAUCCUCCUUUGUAAGAACUCACCUGGUUUAUUUUAAGGUUCUUGUUUGGGAACCAGGGCUGAACAGAUCCUUGAUUCUCUGGAGUCUGGGUUGGACCCUGGCGGGGCUCAAGGACGCGCUGACCCUUUUCUCAGGCUGUGCCUGGGAGUUCCACAUCCUGGCUGCUAUGCAGGAACCACUCUCAUACCUCCAUUUUCACAUUUUGCCAAAUGUGGGCUUGUAUUACUUGGGCUGUCCUACCUUUCCCCAUAGCUGCCGUAGUCCCCGCCUUAUGUGUACAAACUGACUCCCUGCCUCUCCACUGACCCAGCAGGCGGGGCCCCUUAGCUAAGCUUCUGGUUUUAACACCUAGCAAGCUGCUUGUCCCAAAGCACUCUCCACGAAGCCACCCAAGGCUGAUCCUCCUCCAUUGGCUGGGAGCUCCAGGAGGUCUGCAAGCCCUGGACCCUCUCAGGUGAUAGCUGCUGAAAGUGGGGGACAUGGAGGCUCCCUGUUCAUGGGGCACUCGAAGGCAGUCUUUGGUCACAGAGAAAGUCUCAAGUCCAGAUUCUUAUGGCUUUCCUCAUGUCCUGAGAUUCUAGAGCUUGAACAGAAAGACUCCUGUGUGUCUGUUGUACAUUCAGCUAGGUGCCAACAUCGUGACUCUACCAAGCUUAAGUGGCACUGCUCACUGCCGCUGUGGAACAAAGAUGCCAUGUGGGAGAGAGAUAAACCAUGGUGCCCCUUACUGGGACCACCAUCUUGAAACCUGAGUGCAAUAGGGCUUGAUUGUAACUAAUAUUUCAGGAUAAAUAUUUCACCUCCCCUCCCCCCAACCUGCACAGUUUCUAGGACCCCUGAUAGAUUUAUUUUUUAAAGUUCUUGGUGUUGCAGAAAAUACUGGGUAUAAUUGUAUAGCCAAGAGUUUGAGGCCUGGCUCUUUUGGGCUUGGCAGUGGUGAGGAUCCCGUAGGGUUCAGCAAAUUCCAAAGUUAAGAUGCUAUACACUACAUGAUGGUGUCACUCACUGCACCUUCCUAAGAAGUAGCUGGAGGCGCUGCAAGACAUCCCAUCCCAUCCCAUCUUGGAUUGAAAUGCCUUGCCACUCCUAGGGUAUGGAGGCCCAUUUGCUGGAAGUGGAAAGGGACUCUGGCCUGGCGGAGGAGCAAGCCUUCAAACCAAAUCCUCUAGACAAGGAUGACUGCUUUUCAUAAAAAAAGUUGUCUUUGGAUGAGGAGUAGAGUGGAGUGUGGGUGGGAGGCCUGGUGCAUUCUAAAGUCUCCAGAUACUUCUGUAGCACACCGGAGGAAGCUGGUGGAGUUGGGGUUAAUGAAGCCUGAAAUUGGAUGGUGAGUCUGAGUAGUGAGCCAGCCUUCCUCCUGUGCCUUUCCUUUACACCCUGCACCCAGUGCUCCCUUGGCUGCCGAGAUCUGUGAAGCCAGCUACAGAGAGACGAAGACCUUUCCGGAGUGGAGGACGUGAGAGUUGUGAAGUGGACUUGCGGGCUCACGCAGGUCUCAGGGGUCACAGGAUGAAAAGAAUAAACUCUUAGGUUAAAAGGACUUUAGGGGUCACUGGGUACAGAAGCCCCUACACCUCCAGGAGAGAUUGCACACAAACCCCCCUGGUCAGGCUGGGGUUGAUACUGUUCUGAGCCCCUGAGUAAGUAGCUAGGGGAUUCAGUAGCCUCUUGUGGUAGACACUGAUAGUCGUGACGGUUGGGGAAAGAUGUUGGUGUCUGCUUUGCUGGGCUGACCCUGCCUCCUCAGGCUGUCAGGUGGGUGUCUGUGCCACCAUCCCCACUUGGAGGUUUCCAAAGGCUGCUUCUGAACUGGUGCUUCCAGGCCUACGGUGGUCCUCUCAAGUUCCCUCCAGGGGAGCUCCCUGGCUCCAACCAAUGGAUGGACGGACGGACAGUGUGGCUGUCCAUCCUGCGAUAGGAGAGGUGCUGCAUUCUCCUGCUGCUGCUUAGCAGUUCAGAACACGUAUGAAUGGAAUGUAUUUUUAAAAGAAUAAAAUAUAUUUUUUUGUAUUUUAAAAGUUUGGUGGGGUAGGGAGGUAGUCCUAUCAAGUUGUUGAGUUACAGGCAGAAAACUAACCCUCGUUGCUGUGUCUUCCAGUCUCUCUCCAAGUCAACCCAUUCCAGCUAACUCGGUCCGGUGCCUGGCUCCAGGAGAGGCCGAGGUUGCUCCUGGUGCUGCCCCACCACUAUUCUCGCUCUAAGCAUGUGAGAUAAGGAGGCAGCCUGGCCACUGCGGCUCCUGCCUCAGGGGGAGGUGGGGCUCGGCUCCCAGGGGAGCUGCAGCCCCACGCUCCUCGCGUGCAUGUUUAGUGGAAGCCCGUUUGUCUGCAUGUAUCCUCUGGCCCUAAAGCUGUCUGUCAGCCCUACAGCACGAUAUGUAACCAAUAAAGCUCUCCAAUUUCUACGUGC